AAUAUAUUCAUAUGUAUCAGUCAAACCAGUGGACAUUCAGAUGUCAAGAAAGUUAAUUGGAUAUACUUUAAAGACUCUUGCUCAAACUUCACUCUCGACAUGCGCAGAUAUAUGUCAACAAAAAGUUAAUUGUAAGUCUAUCAACUACAAUCGAAAACAUCAUAUUUGCGAACUCAACUCUGAAAGUGAUUCUGAUUUUCUACAAAUUACGCCCGGUUGGUUAUUUAGUGAAAAUGAUCAGUUAUAUUUAGAAGGAAAUAUUUACCAAUGCGGACAUAUCCAAUGUCAACAGAACGAAACAUGCAUCAAGAGCGGAGACAAAGUAGAAUGCAAAAUUGAAGAAUGUGAUUCUCCCUCUAAUGUUGAAUCAGAAACAGUUCUAGGGAAUAUGAACAAUGUUGGUAAUGUCCUUGCAUCUGAAUUUGACAAUGGCUGUGGCUUCAGUUAUUUUGUUUGUAACGAAGAAGGGCGUUGGCAAUACCUUAAGGAAGCCAGAUAUGAGCUGAUAUGUUCAUAUCCCCCUCAACACAGUCCGGGCCUUGAAAUACAUGAGGCGUUCAUUAAGACUUACGAAGGAUUAAAAUAUGUGACAGCUUCAAAUGAUAGUUACAUAUCAGCGUUUUCAGUAAAACAAGAAUCGACUGUUAUAUACCAUUGUAAAAAUGCUUCGUAUUUGAUUGGAAAUUCAACGCGCAACUGUACCCUAGGACAAUGGUCCAUGCCAUCGAUAUCAUGCAUUGACAUAUGCCCAGAUUACAAAAGCUACAGCUAUAGUUUGCACGAAUGCAUAGAUUUGAUGUCUUGUGACAAAGGCUAUGCAGACACGUUUCAAAAGCACACAGGAACGGCAAUGUGGAUGAACAAUUAUGACACAAUUUACACGGCUGAGGAGCAGGAAUGUGUGGAAGCUUGUCGAUCAGAUACACAGUGUAAUUCUUUUGAUUACUCGAAAUUAUUUAAAAGAUGCCAUCUACAACGACUGAACCCCCAUGACAAUACCGGUACAUCUUUCUUAUAUAUUGGUACAUGGUCGUAUUAUCAACGUGAUUGCAAUUAAAAAACUGAUGUCAUGACAACAAAAACAUAACAAACAAAACAAGAAAAAUGCUUAUAAUGAUAAACUUAUUAAAUUUCACCAAUUGUUAAUGCCUUUGCAUCCUGCAAUGAAAGUGGUGAGGUGAAAAAGCGUUUGAGGUGAUGAAAGCUUUCAAUUUAAUGCAGCCAUGUUUUUGUAAAUUUAUUUAAUUUAUUUUGUCAUAUAAGGCAUUUUAUGCCUUGGGACACAAAUAAAGUU